AAAUGUUUGCGGGCCGGGCAGCGGCUAGGAAGUAAAAACCUACCCUCCUUUUUUUGUGUGAAGCCUAGCUGUAGAUGGCCAUAAGGCCCUUUAAUUUCACAACGCUCUCUCUUCACCACAAACGCCGCCGUCUAUUCCUCUCUCUCUUCUCCUCCUCUUCCUCCUCCUCCUCCUCCUUCUGCUCCUCUCCCCUUUCCUUCCUCCGAGGUAUCGCCUCCAAAACCUGGUCCUUUCCCUUCCCAGAACAACAACAGCAGCAGAAAAAAAGCCCUUGGUUAAGGGACCUAAAACAAGACGAAACCCUGGCUCAAAAAAUCGGAAAAUCUAUUAGGCGCCCUGGCGCUCCUUCUAAGUCUAGGGUUUACGCCGAUGUCAACGUUAUUCGUCCUAAAGAAUAUUGGGACUACGAGUCCCUCACUGUCCAAUGGGGCAGGGAACAGGACAAUUAUGAGGUGGUGAGGAAAGUUGGGAGAGGGAAAUACAGUGAGGUUUUCGAGGGGUUUCAUUGUACUGAUAACGAGAAAUGCAUAAUCAAGAUUCUCAAACCGGUCAAGAAGAAGAAGAUUAAGAGGGAGAUUAAAAUACUGCAGAAUCUUUGUGGAGGGCCAAAUAUUGUGAAGUUGCUGGAUAUAGUUAGGGAUCAGCAAUCCAAGACUCCAAGUCUUAUAUUUGAAUAUGUGAAUAAUACUGAUUUUAAAAUACUUUAUCCGACGCUGUCUGAUUAUGAUAUUCGAUAUUAUAUCUACGAACUUCUGAAGGCAUUGGAUUAUUGCCACUCACAAGGUAUUAUGCAUCGAGAUGUGAAGCCCCAUAAUGUGAUGAUUGAUCAUGAACAGCGGAAACUUCGUCUUAUUGAUUGGGGCCUUGCAGAGUUCUAUCAUCCAGGGAAAGAAUACAAUGUUCGUGUUGCUUCGAGAUAUUUUAAAGGUCCUGAGCUUCUUGUCGAUUUGCAAGACUAUGAUUACUCUUUAGACUUGUGGAGCCUUGGUUGUAUGUUUGCUGGAAUGAUAUUCCGAAAGGAGCCAUUCUUCUAUGGGCAUGAUAAUUAUGAUCAACUGGUCAAGAUAGCCAAGGUUCUUGGGACAGAUGAAUUAAAUGCUUAUCUGAAUAAGUACCACAUAGAAUUGGAUCCACAUCUAGCAGCCCUUGUUGGGAGGCAUAGUCGCAAACCCUGGACGAAGUUCAUUAAUGUUGACAAUCAACAUCUGGCAUUACCUGAGGCCGUUGACUUCCUUGACAAGUUGCUUAGAUAUGACCAUCAAGAAAGGCCAACUGCAAAAGAAGCAAUGGCUCAUCCUUAUUUUUACCCAAUUAGAAACGCUGAAAGCAGCAGAACUCGUACCUAGCAUGCCAAAUUCAUGAUGCUGUCAAGACAUGGCAUCUUCUUUGUGCUUGGUUGGUUGAGGUGCUGCUGACAUUGUAGUCUGACUCAAGCUUUGUACGUGGUGGUUGAGCUCGCAGUUGAAAAGUCUUUUAAAAAAAAAUUGUUUCUCUGAUUUUUCCUGUCUCCCCCAAGGGAAAUUUUAGUUUAUUGUGACUUUCAUAUUUGUCCUACUAUUGCUGAUAAUCUUGUGUGAUCUUCAGAUGGGAACAAAUUCCUAAAUCAGAUUUAAGUGUGCUCCAUACUACUGAACUACACUUCUUAUCUUUGGCCUCCGAUAUAUUAUGCUUUCUUUUCAUUUCGUCUUUCAUUGUUCCUCAUUUUUUCUUUGAUGGAUUCAUUUGGUUUUACUAGGUUUCAUCUUUUUGGUUUUGGCCCAUUGGGAUAUAAGUUGAGCAGCUCCAUGUUUUUUCACAUAGGAUUUGUGCUUUCAUUGAGUUCGAGCCUUAGCCCACUGUCUGGAUUUUUUUUAUAUAAAUGAAAGACUAAUGGGAAAACAAGGAAAUUGUAAUUCAUUGAUAUGAAAAAAAUUUAGAUUCACACGAGGGGCAUUAUGUUUAUUUUUUAAAGUAAGAGCACAAAGACUUACCAAGAAAACCAGUAAAAUUUAAGGGUUUUCUUA